AAAAGCAAUCUUGGCACAGGUAAUGUUCAGAUAUUACAAUAAUAAAAGUACAAUGCAAUCACACAAAAUGAACAAAUUGGUAUUUAAAGGUCCCAGUGAUUCCAACAUAUAUUAGCUCAGGAGAGCUCAACUUUCAACACAGUUUAAAUGGACAAUUAACUCUAAAUGACACCUUUACUUCAUACAUCAUAUUUAGUGAAAGAGACAGGUCAUGUGCUGAGAAUGGGAUUGGGCAGAGGUGAAGAGGAAGGAGGUGUAGACAGGGAGGAUAGAGAUAAAUCAGUUGUGUGACAAAAAGGUUUGGUCAUAAAGCUGCCAGAGCUCUGUGCUGAUGGAGACCUUGGAGGGAAGUGAACUCUGCUUUCCACAACUCCUCAACACCUCCUGCAGGAAGAUUGGGGGUGCUCACUUUGAGACCAUGCUGAUUAACAUUCUGCUGUCCUCCAUCUCUCUGAUCACUGCAGUUCUUAACCUGCUGGUCAUCAUCUCUAUCUCCCACUUCAAGCAGCUCCACACCCCCACCAACUUCAUCCUCCUCUCUCUGGCUGUCUCAGAUUUCUUCAUGGGUUUCGUAAUGUGCUUUCAAAUGAUGUACUUAGAUGGCUGCUGGUUCUUUGGUGACCUCAUGUGUGCAUUUGGUCAGUAUCUAGUAUACGUAGUUACCUCUGCCUCAGUUGGAACCAUGGUGAUUAUAUCUGUUGACCGUUAUGUUGCUAUUUGUCAUCCUCUGCAUUACUCCACCAAAGUCACAGAAAAAAGAGUUAUAGUCUGUAUUUGUCUGUGUUGGAUAUGGCCUCUAAUCAUUCAAGGUCUGAGUCUAAUUGAUGUCCUGGAACAACCAGGCAGGUAUAACUCCUGUGUUGGAGAGUGUAUCAUUGUUGUUAACUAUAUAGCUGGAUUUGUAGAUCUUAUUUUUACCUUCAUCGUUCCCAUUACUGUCAUUGUAGUUCUGUAUAUGAGAGUUUUUGUGGUGGCUGUGUCUCAGGCUCGUGCCAUGCGGUCACAUAUUGCAGCUGUCACACUCCAGAAAUCAGUGAAAGUAACUGCUAAAAAAUCUGAAAUGAAAGCAGCCAGGGCUCUUGGUGUUGUUGUAGUUGUGUUUCUAAUAUGUAUCUGCCCAUAUUAUUGUGUUGCUAUUACAGGCCAAGAUAACUUACUCAAUGUUUCAUCUGUUGGCUUGAUAAUAUGUUUGCUGUGUUUAAACUCCUGUCUAAACCCCAUGAUCUAUGCCUUUUUUUAUCCCUGGUUUAGAAAAUCCAUUAAGCUCAUUGUUACAUUAAAGAUACUGCAGCCUGACUCCUGUGAGACCAACAUACUGUAGAGAGACUCUGUGUAAUGCCUGAGAUUUGUCUUUGCAUUAAUAGAAAAAUUUACUUGGUCAUGGAAAUUGCCAUUCUGUUUAUUAAUAUAACAGUGGAGCUAUUUGGGGUUUGUCCAUCUGCAUGUAUUUUGGACAAAUCACCACGUCUAGGAUUCACUGUACAGUCUGUAGGUAUCAGGACUGUGACACAUUUUUGUUAUGCUGACUGUAUGCUUAAGCACAGUGGAUGUGGAAGUUUUAUAUCCACAUUAAAAGAAAAGUGUAGGCAGUUGUACCCUGUAUUAUACAUGACUGAAGUCUGGGACCCACAGACAUUAGCCGAUACUUUGUAUUGUAUCUACCUGGAGAUGUUGUGCCAGGCCUGUAAUGCAGCCAUUUUGUAUGUGAACACCUUUAAAUACAAGCCCAUUUAAAGCUAA